AUGCCGGCGCCAAUCGCUCUCAAACCGGUCACCACAUCGACUGCCAACAAUGAUGUCUCUCCCGGAAGUUCUCCACCUCAUCUCGUAGCCGAAGCACCGGUAGCAGCUGUAGAACCACCAGCUAGUGCUUCAGCAUCACCUGCUUCCACUUCGACGUUGUCUUUUGAGGAAUCGUUGGCUCGUUUUCGCACUAGCGCCCAAGACUCGGAAAUUAUGUCUCGUAUCGCUCAGCUGAAUUCACUUUCAUCGUUCUGGGGUACCCCAACUAUGACAGAAUUCAGGUGA